AUCAAAAGAUAGCAUUAUUAAUUGAUUUAUAUCGUUUACACGCGAUACGCUCUAAUGGUUUUUUGACUGACAACAUACAAACACAUCAUAUCUACACAAACAUGCUGGCAAGUAGGUUUGUACUAAAAUGAAUUUGUAGCGACAACGUCUUAUUUCUAUCGACAGUGUAUUUGUUGUUUUAAUUCACCAGCACUCAUCUCACGCAGCCUAUUGAUUGAUAGGCCUACCCUACAACCUCUCCUGCCAUUCGAUGUGAAUUUUUUUAUUUGACCGAGCGAGCUGUUCCCCGUGUUCCGACAUCGUCAGAUACCUGUACUUAGCUAGCUAUAUUGUACUGUACUGUAGUGUUUAAGCGCACUGAUUCAACUGUAUUGAGUCAAAGUGAUCUGCAUAUUAGUAAAGUUUGGUGAACAUCACAAUGACUAGUAGUAUGAGAUUACGAGCCAUCAUAUUCUGCAUCAUUGUUUACAUUUGUUUCUCCUCAACUGCAAGAGGACAAACAGAAGAGAAAGUUGUACUGAAUAUCGGCGGCAUAUUCCCAAUGACAGGUGAUAAUUGGAAUGGAGGAGAAGGAUGUCUUCCAGCUGCUACAAUGGCACUAGAUGAUGUAAAUAACAGAACUGAUAUUCUACCAGAAUAUGAACUGAAGAUGUUCUGGAAUGACAGUGAGUGUUGUGUUGUGCAUUGCAGUACUGAUGUUUAUAUGAGAUGUUUGUAGACGCUUGAAGAUCCCUAGUGAUUU